UCACAAGCAGGACACUGGACUCUGGGGAUCAGACUGUAUUUACCGCUGUGGAUGAAUCAAUCAACCAGCCAAGGGAAAUAAUCCGCAAAUUAGAAGAUUUUUUUUGGCUUUCACUUGAUGUUCACCAGUUUGUUUAGAUAGAGCGGCUUAAUCAUUUUGACUCAAAAUGAUGAUACAGCUAAAAUAAAAUUUUAAAAAAAAAAGGCACUGGUAUUUAUCCGCCUGAAUAACCCCACGCUGUGUUGAUGCUGUCAGACUGUUUUUCUCUUCUGGCGCAGUCCAACUCAGCUGGAGUCGCAUAGGAUGCCAUACAAUCCUAUAGGAAGUGACUGUAGUGGCUUGACAGGCAACAAUUUCCAACAAACGAGGCGGACGUAAUCUCUGUCCUGCGGAUUCUUUUCUUUUUCGGUCUAAACACACGGACAGGAUGGAUGAAGGCACUGCCAGCGAUGCCAUACCAGACCUGAAAGACAUUGAGAUGAAAAUCGGCCGGAAGACUCCCGAAGGUUUGCUCAGGUGGAUGCGGGAAGAAGCGUCUUCUCUCCGGGGAGACGCCAAGCUGAUCACCGCGCACGACACCAGUAAGGAGACGGGGAAGAAGAGUUUGGAUGAAAAGAUCAGGAAGCUGAAGAUGGAGAUGGCCCACUUGCGCUCAGUGGAUGUGAAAAUCUUGCAGCAGUUGCUGGCGGUCCAUGAAGGUAUUGAGGCUGUGAAAUGGCUGCUGGAGGAGCGCAGCACCCUGACCAGCCGGUGCAGCAGCCUUACUAGCAGCCAGUACAGCCUGGGAGAAGGCCCUGACACCUCCUGGAGAGGCUCCUGGAGCAGUCUGCAGGACCCUAAUGACAAGCUGGACAACAUCUCCAUCGGCAGCUACCUGGACACCCUGGCAGACGACAUGGAUGAGUACUGUCCCUCUAGCUCAGAGUCGGUCAUCUGUAUGACCACACCGCAGGUUUCAGAGGCUGUUGCUGGGGGCCGGACAGGAGGAGUUCCUGGAGCAACGGUCACUAUAGCUGGGGCAGGAGCUGGGGUAGGUGUGAGGUCUGGUACUGGGAAUGGGAUUCGGGCUGGGGCUAAUGAGAAUGGAGUUGGGACUGGAAAUGGGACAGAGGUGAAAAGUGGACCAGGGACCGGGGUUACCAGUGCUGUAACUGGGACUGGUACUGCUGGGACUGCAACUGGGAACCCAGCUGUUCCUGUCACCUCUCCCCAAGCCAAGUCUGAGGGCCCCAAGCAAGAUGCUGCUGUGUGGACCAAGACUGCAGAGACAGGCAACGUAAGCCCUGUUUCAAAGGACAACAUCCAGGCACAAUCCAUUAAGGUUAAUGGCAUCCUGGAGAAACCAACCACACAAUCAGGCAGCCCAACCCGCCCCAGCCUCACUGAGAAACUGGGAACCAGCCAGAGCCCCAAACUCAAACCUUACAAAAAUGGAAAAAUUGAGUUAGAUACUUGCAAAAUGAACGGCAAAAUGCGCCUGGAGUACGACGCACACUGGCGUUGGGUGCAGUCGCAAGAAGAUGUCACGUUUUUGUAGGAAGGAUAAUAACAGAGGGGACUAAAUCCACCACUGACCACUCCCUCUUGAACAUCAAAGACCAGAUCACUGAAGGUUAGAAGAAGAGGAGUGAACUGCUGUUUUGAAAUGCACAUAGU